AUGAGAUUUGCCUUGUUUUGCGUGUCCAUACAUUUGCUUUUUCUGGGUCAUGUGAUAGCAAGGGCAGCACAAUCAGUGAGACUUCAAAGCCGCCGAUUUAAGUCGUCACAUCGAAUUCAUUCAAGGUUAUACAGUCAUGGAAAGAAUCAAAUUGACAAGAACAACAAGCAUGGACCAGGAAGUGUACCAAUGAAUGUGAGGCAUAGACAUCUUUUUCAUUCGAUAUUUAAGCACCGUAAAAAGUUCUUAAAUGCUAAAGGUUCCCCAAAAGAAGUGAUCGUCAGGGUGAAUGGACAAAAUGUUUAUUCCAGCAAAGCUCAAGGAUCAAACUUCUCCAUCAAUGCUAGCGUACCAACGACUUCUCCUCCUCCUCCUCCUCCUUCGCCUCAAACACACAAUAUCAACCUCCACAUUAACCUUACUAGACCAGUAAGCCCCCCUGGGAGACCAAGUAACCAGCCGAUUAUUAUAGCUCCCCCACCAAGGCCACAGCCAGUUGUAGCUAUAGUUCCUCCGAUGGCAUCACAACCUGCGCCAGUACAAGUUCAACCCAUGGUGGUUCCUCAAGUACAACCUCAAGUACUACCACUUCCUGCUCCCACCACUGCACCAGCGCCCCCUGAAAAGAAGGGCCAAUCAAGUCUCAGUAAAAUAUUACUUACGGCUGCUUUGUUGAAGACUCUAUCGGGAGGAGACUCUUCUGAAAGCGCAACACAAGGAUUUCCAUCAUUGAUGCAAAACCCACUUGCCUCUAAUGGCUAUUCUCUUAAUUCUCUGCUCCCGGGUACUUCAGGUGUUGCUGCUUUGCCAUCAAUAGGGAAUCUUCCUCUGGGCUAUCCUCAGAUUGCGACUCAGCCCGUCGGAAAUCCCUCACUGGGAUAUCCUCAAGGUAAUCUCCCAGUAUUAGGAUACCCAGCGCAAACUGUUCCACAAACAGGGUCACAAGCCUUGGGAUAUCCAGCAACGUUAGGCGUCCUAGGAGGCCUUAAUGCGGCAAAACCUGGCGUCAUGGGAUAUCCAGCCAUUGGCACAAACAUGGGAUAUCCAGCCGUUGGCACAAACAUGGGAUAUCCAGCCGUUGGCACAAACAUGGGAUAUCCAUCGACGGGAAAUCCAGGCAUGGGAUAUCCCGCUGUAGGGAAUCCAAGCUUGGGAUAUCCUGCCGUUGGGAACCCUAAUGUGGGAAAUCCUGUUGUAGGAAACCCAUAUUUGGGCUACCCUGCAAGGGGUGUCCUGCCGGGCGGUGUAAACCAGAACGUAAGGUAUCCUGCCAAUUGGAAUCCAAAUAACAGGUAUUUAGACGGCAAUAAGCAAAACAGUAGAGAUCCUAUUAGUGGGAAUCAAAACUUGGGCUACCCAGGAGGAGCUAAUCAAAACGUAGGGAAUCCAUCCGGAACCAGCCAGAACUUGGGUUUUCCUGCUGCUGCGAGCCAAAAUAUGGAUGCUGAACCAACGAUACCAAACUUUCUGAGUGGGCUAGCUUCUGAGCCUUCUGCUAGCCCUCUUGAGGCUAACAAUCCACCAUUACCUGGUCCAUCACCUGGUGUACAAUCAAAUGCACCAACCGCUACUGUGCCUCCUCCAAUAUCUUAUAAUGCCCUAUUGCCUGCGAAUGCGUCGCCUGUUGGUACCGCUGGUGGGAACCCUAACCUUGCUCAAGGUCAGGGCCAGACUGACACUUCAGAAACACCCGUUGUGCAGCCUAAUGUAGGAGUAGCAGGGACACCUGGAGUAGUGACAGGUCUCUCUCAAGCUCAAGGACAGGGCACUGGCACAGUUCUGCCUGCAACAACAUCAGCAGGUGUUCCAGGAUUUGAUCCCAGUUUGUGUUGGUGUGGUUGCGAGCCGACGUGUGCUAAUCCGUGUGACCUGUGCAAUAGUAGCAGAGAGAAUAGUUAUGGCAACAUUUUAAAUCAGUACAAUACUGGCUCAAUAAAUCCUUCCAAUGGACGGAGAUCUCUUCACCAUCCGCUUAAUCAUCUAGGAUCCAUCAGGCGAUCUUUUAUCGGGCGUAAGGUACACAUUAAGGGUGCACCAAAAGGUGUUAUCGUGACCAUAAAUGGGCAAAGAGUUGACCCAAAUACUGGCAGCACAAUAUUACCCAUACAGCCACCUCAGCCAGCACCCCAGCCAGUACCACUACCAGGUCGGAAUGUUCCCAUUAAUGUUCAUGUUCACGUAAAUAAAAAAUACAACGAUGCCAACAUCAUUGGUCAACGUAAGCAACCCAUUAUAAUCACUGCAACCAAUCCUUAUCAAGCUGUGAGACCAAUUGUGAUUCCGAUGCCAGCACAAGUGCAAGCUCCACAGCCCAUUAUAUUACCUGCUCCAUUACCUCCUCGUCCGCCUCCGGCUGUCCUUCCAGCGCCUGUUCCAUUACCUUUACCAGCACCUCUACCACCACCAGUUGCCAUUCCAGUUCCAGCUCCAGCUCCAGCUCCACCUCCAGAUAAAGAAGACUCAAACUUUGCAGAAAUUCUUCAAACAGCUGCAUUGCUUAACACUCUAAACAAAAAAGAGGAAAGUCGCCCAAAAGUUAUACCAGUUGUUCAGCCAGUAAUUACUCCAAUGGCUUAUCAGCCUGGCAGAAAUCCAGCGCAGGGAUAUCCAGCGCAUGGAAAUCCGAAUCAAGGAUAUCCGCCGGAUGAAAAUCCAAAUCAGGGAUAUCCAGCAGGUGAAAAUCCAAAUCAGGGGUAUCCGGCGGGUGAAAAUCCGAAUCAGGGGUAUCCAGCGGGUGAAAAUCAUAACCAGGGAUAUCCAGCCGGUGGUGGGAAUCAAAAUCAAGGAUAUCCAGCAGGUGGAAGCCAAAACCAAGCCACAGCUGGAAAAGCUCCAGUAGGAGGUACAAAUACUCUUUCUGGACUAUCUGGAAUCCUGCCUUUGUUGCUUCCCUUCAAUUGUAGAUGUGGAUGCGAAAGAAGGUGCCCGGACCUUUGCAACCUUUGCAAAGACGUCGACGAGGAAAUAAUUGACACAUUAGACUGUUGUAAGUCAAUGCCAUGUCCCUGUGUAAAUGCCGCAGCAGGCACACAGCCUGUAGGGGCAACUGCAACAGGAACUGUGUCAGCUCCCAGUGGGGGUGCCGUAGUUCCUCAGCUGCAACAAGGUGUUGUGCAGCCGGCACCAGCAUCAACCGUAAACCAGAUACAACCUAUGCAAAUCUCUAACGGUGCUACUGCCCUUGCAGCUCCCCCCCAACCUGGUCUGGUGCCACCAUCGCAGCCAGCUUCAGCUCCACCUCUCCCUUCAUUAUCUGUAUUACCUGGACCUCAGGCUCCCGGUGUAUCAUCGCAACUUGCAUCAGCACCACCUCUGCCAGCCUCAGCGCCUCCUCUCACUUCAUCAUCUGCAUUACCUGGAACUCAGCCACCUGGUCCAGCAUUACAGCCAGCUUCAGCGCCCCCACUUCUGCCACUUGUUCCUACAUUACCACAAGCCCCUAAUUCUCCUGUUGUUUCAUCGCCUGGAACUCAGUCUUCUGGCACAGCAUCUCAGCCGUCCGCUCAAGCACUUAAACCUUCAUCAUCUGGUUCUGCUCUAGCGCCUGCUGUUCCACCCCCACUCCCACCCAAACCAGAAAUUUCUCCUCCAAAAACAACCUCAUCAAAGCCAGGUCGGGUCCCGGCUCCUGUAUCCCCUGAAGCUGUUCCAUCACCUGAGCCAGAAAUUCCAGCUCCAGGUCCUCCUGGUUCGACUGUCCCACCUAAGCCGGAGAUUCCAGGAAAAGGGAUAAGUACUGGAACGAGUACUGAACCGCCUGGGAGCGAAAAUACUGCACCUGAAUUAGAGCCACCUCCCACUGAUACAGGCUCUCCAGGUCCUGAUAAUUCAAAGACUCAAGGUGAGUUAGUUGCUCCUCCUCCGGACAACUACGGACCCAUCGAGAUACCAACAGUUCCAGUCUUACCGGGUGAAUCACCAACCACUGGUCCUUCUCAAACUACAAGUUAUCCUGUUGGUCCAGGGCCACCUGGCGCGAAUCCAGCACCUCCUAGUUCAUCUACCUCUUCCACAAAUCCUUCGCCCCCUCUUCCGUCAUUGCCACUCAUGAAGAAUGCAUAUCCAGUACCUCCUCCAGCCCCUCAGGUAUUUAUCAUAAAGGAAAAUAGCAAUCCAACAAGAGGCCCAGAGGACAGUAAAAGUGCUGAGGCACUCAAUAGUUUAAGCGAAUCAUUUGAAAGUGCUUUUAAAGAAGCGCUUAAAUCAGAACGAAGGAAAAUAGGAAAAUAUAGGAGUCAUGCUAAAGGGCAUUUUAGUAUUAAACCCGAGGAAGAAGACAAUUGGAAUACAAACGACAGCGAAACAGAUGAUCAAGAGGAGGAGGAGGACGAGGAGAAGGUGCAGUCUCAUGGCGGCUCUCGGAGAGAUUUCACUGACGGGGAAGACAGUAAACUCAACGAGGAUUUUUCUAACGAUGACAUAAAUGAUAAUGGCAAUGAAGAUGACAGUAAUGAUGAUGAUGGUAUUGAUGAUAAUCAUGAUAAUAAUGCUGAUUCUAAUACUGAUGAAAUAGAUGAUGAUGAUCAUAGCGAUGAUAAUAGUGAUGACGAUGGCAAUAAUAUUGAUAUCAAGGCGGAAAAAGAGCCGCCAUACGACUUGGACCAACCUCGUCAUUCUCAUGCUCUAUCAUACUUCAGAGGAAAUGAGCAAAGAUACGAGGGAAGACGCAAAAUGCAUCCGACAAAUAAAGGAAGGAAGUAUCUAAGACUUCAUGAUCGGCAUCGAAAUGGAAAACAACGCAAUGAAGAAACGAGAGAGAGUGAGCUGUUGUAUGAUCGUUCAGUCAACGGUGCUCUCAAACGUGAUCGUAACAAUGUUCAUUCUCGCUAUCACAGAAAGAAAUUUCCAUUAUCUAAAACAGAAGAGGACAAGGAAAUGUCACCAGAACAUGAUUCCAAUUCAAUCCAUGUAGAAAAUGUUCAAUACAAUCCAUUGGAAAAUACUGAAAUUUCCCGCCUUCGUCAUGGAGGUGCAAGUAGGACUUUCAAGAGCCCAAAGCAUAGUUUAAAAUCUCCAGAAUCCCCUAAGGAAAAGCACCAUGUGCCUUAUAAUCAUGAUAGAAUCAAAUUUCGUCAUUUUCAGGACAAAGGCUCAGACAAGCAUGCAGGCCACGAUAAAGAGGGUGACCACACCUUCAUCAAGGAACAUCAUGGUCAUCAUUUGAGCCAUUCAAAAACUGCAAUGUUACCUGAAGAUGAAAUCACUGAAGAGUCAGCCUCAACGAUUGAAGAAACUAGUUAUUCAGGGCAUAAUGAGAAGGUUAAAUCCUUAAAGUCAUUGAAGAAUUUCUUAACUUAUACACACUACGCGAAAGAUGCGUCUCAUCACCUUGUAGAAGACACUCGCACUAAAGACAAAAAAACUCCUCUUGGUACUGUGGAGUCAUUUAAAUCAGGCAAUCAUAGGCAUUCUAGCAAACAUAGCAAAUCAAAACAGGAAAAGGACAUUGCAGAGGAUUAUAGUGAGAGUUCGGGUAAUGAAUCUGGUCAAAAUUAUAACAGUGGCGAUUAUGAAGAUAUUGGCAGUUAG